AUGUCCAAACACUUUAGCCUGGCGUUGCUUCUCGCUUCUCUUUGGACCACUAGGCUCCUGGUCCAAGGUGCCAUCCAAGCGCAAGACCUUACCAUUUCUCCAUGCAGAAUCGUGGGUGUUGCUCUUGUGGGCAGAAAGGCAAACCCGCAGAUGAAUUUCACGGAAGCCAGGGAGGCCUGUAAGGUGCUGGGACUGACUCUGGCCAGCAAGGACCAGGUGCAAGCAGCACAGAUGUCUGGCUUUGAGACUUGUAGCUACGGUUGGGUUGGAGAACGGUUCACAGUCAUCCCUCGGAUUUUCCAAAACCCCAAGUGUGGGAAGAACGGGAAAGGCGUCCUGAUUUGGAAAGCUUCCCCCAGCGUACAGUUCAAAGCCUAUUGCCACAACUCAUCUGACAUCUGGGUUAAUUCGUGCAUCCCAGAAAUCAUCACCACAUUCUACCCCACGUUCGACACUGAAACCUCCGAAACCGAGUUUUCCGUCAGCAACAGUGCCUACUCGGCUUCAUCCCCGGACUCCACAGCGCAAACUUCUGCUACCACCCGGGCUCCACCUUCCACCUCCAUGAAACGGAAGACAAAAGUGAUUUGUUUCACGGAAGUUUAUACGGAACCAAGCACCAUAGCUACAGAAACAAGACCAUCUCUUGAAAGUGGAGCAACAUUCAAGAAUGAAGCAGCUGGGUUCGGAGGUGUCCCCACAACCCUGCUGGUGCUGGCCCUCCUCUUCUUUGGUGCUGCGGCUGUUCUGGCUGUUUGCUACGUGAAAAGGUAUGUGAAGGCCUUCCCUUUCACAAACAAGAAUCAACAGAAGGAAAUGAUUGAAACCAAGGUUGUAAAGGAAGAGAAGGCUGAUGACGUCAAUGCUAAUGAAGAAUCAAAGAAAACUGUUAAAAAUGCGGAGGAGCCCAAGAGUCCACCCAAAACUACGGUGCGAUGCUUAGAGGCUGAGGUUUAGAUGCAAGAGCAUGGAGAAGGUACACCAGAGGCAAGCUUCAUGCCAGGGAACCAAAGACCAAAGCCACUGUUGGUUCCUAAUGAGAAAAAGACUGCGGAAUUUCCCACAUGGGGAGAGGGGCUCUCCUUACUGCAAUCUUCUCCGGACUCUACCCUCCAACCUCCACCCUUCCCACAGCCUCCCUAGCCUGUCUGCAUCUCACAGCAGACCAGAGCAUGGAGAGAGCUUUCAAAGCACCGGGCCCUAAAACAGCUCCUCAGCUCACAGCCGAGACAGGCUGCCAGUCCCUGAGGCAUGGCCAGCCCCAUAGUCCAAAAUCUUCCACGGGAAAACAAACACACCACCUGGCCAUGUUCUUUGGGACCAGGCACACCUAGAAUAAGGAAAGGAAAGCAACAGAAGGUCACUGAGAGCCCAGUGACUUGAGACCUAAUCCCUGGGAAGCCAAAAUAAACAGAGCACAAGGAGGGAACUGGAGACACUGAUAGCAGCCUUGUUGAUAGAGACUGUAAAUAUAGGCUUGGGACCGGGGGAGGGGGGCUCUCAGUGAAUAGGCCUGAAUCACUUUAUAUAACAUAGACACACUUUCUUUUCUCUCUACUGUUGCUGCUGUUCUCUAUAGACAAAUACACUUUUGUAAAAAACCUAAAAAGGGGAGGGACUGGGGGGUUGGCUCAGUGGGAGAGCAGUUCCUUACAUGCCCAAGUCUUACAGUCAAUCCCCAGACCCCCCCCCAAAACAAAAACACAAACAAAAAUAACUAUUUUUACCUGAGUUACAGUACCCAUUUCUGAGAAAACAACUAUGUUAAAAGGUUAAAGGAAAAAAGUACAAAAAAUGUUGUCAGAUAAUCUACUACAGGCUGAGAGCCCCUCACCUGAAAUGCUUGGAACUAACAGUGUUACAGAUUUCAGAUUAUGCUUGAGGUCUGGAAUACUUGCACAUACAUAAUGACAUAUGAGAGGGACUCAGUCUAAAUAUCGAGUUUACUUAUGUUUCAUGUAUACCUUGUACAUGUAGCCUGGAGGUAAUUCAGACAAUACUUUAAAAACAACUUCGUACAUGAGACAAACUUUCAUGGUGUAGCAUUUUCCCUCUGGAGGCAUCAUGCUGACAGACAGACAGUUUCAGAUUUGGUAGCAGUUUGGUUUUCAGGUUUUUGGAUUAAAGAUGUCAGGUUCUAGGUAAGGCAUGACAUUCUGUAACUGAAUAUUAUUCAUCACAUAGUUGUGUAUAGAGGAGUGUUGUCUGAAGCUAAUAUUUUUCCAGUUUUGAUAUCCCUGGCUUAUCCAGUUCCAAACUAAUUUUUUGUUACUGAGACUAACCCAUUCAUUUCCUCCAAUACAACAACUACUACAAUCUUAAUUUAUUAUUAACAUUUUUGAAAGUGUAUUAUUACCUCGCCAUAGCAACACAUAUGUUGGUGUGCCUUUAACAAAUGCAUCACCAGCUCUCCUUUUUCCCAGCAAGAAGAACCUGAGAGGGGAAGACUUAUUUGUGCCUUAAACAAAUAAAGCAUUUAGAAAACUCC